GACCGAUUGAGUAUAAGAAGGGGCCGACGGCAGAGCCCCGUUGCAGUCCACAGCCACAGCAGGACCCGAAACCAACACAAGCCAAUCAUCCACAAUGACAACCAUCCAGGUCCUGCUGGUCCUUGCCUUGGUGGCCGCCGCCUCCGCGCAGUACGGUCACGGCCACGGGGGUAUCCUCCUGUCCCACGCGCCCGUGGUGCAUCAUGAGCCCGAGCCCAUCGCCCACCCUAAGUAUGCCUUCAAGUACGGCGUCCACGACUCGCACACCGGCGACGUCAAGGACCAGGUAGAGGAGCGCGACGGCGACGUGGUCAAGGGCGAGUACUCGCUGCUGCAGCCCGACGGCACCAAGCGCACCGUCCACUACACCGCCGACCACCACAACGGCUUCAACGCCGUCGUCUCCAUCAGCGGACACGCCAUCCACCCCGAGCAGCCCAAGAUCGUGCACGCCGCCCCCGUGCUGUCCUACGGCCACGGCCACUACUAGACUGGCCGAGACCCAUCGUCAUCAUCAUCACCCCCCGCUGUCAUCUCAUCGUGUGCGAGUGUGUUGUGCGUGUGAAUGUGUUCCAGCGAUACUCAACCCCCAUACGUCGCCCGCCACGCCACCCAAAAGCGGCUGCGCGGGCGCGCUGUACAAAACGCCGAGCGCUGCCGCUGGUGCCCUUAGUGAAAGGGCCCAGAAAAUUGUGAUAUAAAAUAUUGAUAAAAUAUUGAAAAUAAUAAAUAAGUCAUGAUUGUGGUACAAUG